AGUAGCAACUAAAAAAUCCAUAAUUUCGAAACAAUAAUUUGAAGCAUUGUUUAAAUAGGACCACACUGGUAAGCAAAAAUAAAAGUUGUCAAUUUGUCAUAAAAACUAGCUAAAGUAAUAAGCUCCAUCUGGCCUGUUACAUUUGUUAACUGAGCAUUCUCAGCCUUCUAAGCAGGGCGGGGUCACUUCUUACUGCAUUCCAUCUUGAAGAAACUCAAUGCCCUGUAAUAAAAAACUACGUUGGCUGUAGCAUGCUUCUUGAGGGCUUCGAUUUUACCCAGACUUGAAUUUCUCAAAAAAACAUCACAGAAAAAGCCUGGACUAAUGGCGCAAGGGAAAUGGCAUCUUCCUUGGCCUUUGUAACAUCCCCUAUCUAUUGCACCCUUCCAAGGCAUCCCUUCCAUUUUAUUAUUGAGUUGCACCCUAUGUUUACUCUCACUUUGAUACCUUCUUUUGAAUCUCUCUUAACCAAUAAUAUGACCAUUUUGACUUAUAUGGAGUGACCCCAAAUGAGCUGUCCGCUGCCUCCUCCUUUGUCUUUGCUUCACCCGUGAGUGUCCUUUAGUGUUGGUCAGUCCAUUAUUUAGAAGCUCUCUUCUUCCUUGUCAGAGUGUCCUGCGUGUGAGAAACUAAAGAGAGCAGACCCUUUUUCCUUUGUGAGAGAGAAGUAAAACCAGAGAGUUGAGAGCUGAGUGUUCUCCACCUUCCUUGAGGCCCUUUGUGUGGAAGCUUGGGAGUGUAAACAUGUUGAGUGAUGGAAUGAGUCUAGCCUAAAGUGGUGUGUGUGAGAUAUUGGGAAGGUUGGAGACCUGAGCCGGAAAGAAUCGAUCCUCAACAGUGGUAUCAGAGUCUGGUUGUCGUCUGCCACCUUACUCCGCCGCCGUCCGACGCCGUCCGCGCCGUUUCGAGGUCUAGGAGGUCUCCAGUUCGUACGCCCGUUGAUUUGUAGUCUGAGAAGCCGUUGUUGGUGCUUCUGCGCCCCAAAUUCGUCCGUCAGAAGUCGCUUGUGGAGCUGGUCCGUCGCUGGAGUUACUCGUCGUUAAAGUCUCUAUUCGGUCGUUGCUUUGGAUUCGCCGUCGAAUCCGCUGCUGAUUCUCUGUCCGAUGUCGCUGGAGGUCACCGCUGCGGGAAGAGCGUUCGUCGAGACUGAGACUUGCAGCCUCAAUUUUGAGCGCAGAAGACAGAGCGUGUUGAUGAUUCUUGGACCCGGACGCCAGACUUGAGGGCACGAAGAAUAACGCAGGGAUAGGGGCUGGACUUCGAUUGAACUUGGGCCAUUUUUUGGGCUGCUCGCUGGACCUGAAGGAAGCCUGACGCCUGUGACAAAAACGUGGAGCAGCAGUAAAUCCGGAGCAGGAGCUGUUGUUGGGCUUGAAGAUUUGGGCUAGACUGCUGGAUUUGGACUGGACCUGGAAGCUGGAGACUUGGAGGCUAGACACUGCUGCUUCAUUGGAGGCCAUUGGCAGGAAGCUGGAAGCAGGUCAAACUCAGUCAAAGCUUGGUCAACGCCAGUCAACAGUCUGAAAAAAAUCCCAAUUUUAAAUGGGUGGGUAAGGUCCAAACACUCUCCUAGUGUUUGGCUAUUGUAAGUCUUCUUUAUCCGAAAUUUCAAUUUCUGCUUUCCAAUUAUUCUAAAUUGUUAGAAUUUGUUGUUGAUUUAAUAUUUGCUAGAAUUAUAUUUAUUUGUGCUUGUACGGAAGAAUAAGGGGUUUGAACGGAGUCUUGGGCUCAUUGUUAUUCCCGUCUUAUUCGCGCUAGUUGCUCCGUGCAAUUAUAGCCCUAUAAAUAUUGAACCGGUUUUCUAGCUAAAGUUGCAUUUUAUAUUUUCUUGUUUAGUUUUUCUGUGUGAAAAUGUCUGCUUUUAAUCAGUAUGGUAUGGAUCCAUUUAAUGGAAAAACUGAUUUUAGCAUAUGGAUCAGAAAAUAAAGUGCAUAUUAAUUCAACAAAAAUCAUAUCGGGCCAUUAGUGAAACCUAUUUGACUUCCGAUACGGAAGAGAAAAAAGCAGAAAUGAAUGAAAAUGCUUGUUCUACAAUUUACUUGAACUUAUCUGAUUGUGUGCUCAGAAAAGUAGGAAUUUUAGAAUCAGCUAAAUAUGUGUGGGAUAAACUUGAAGAGCUUUAUAACGUAACCUCUUUGCCUAACCGGAUAUUUUUACUUGAAAAGUUCUUCAAAUUUAGACUGGAUAUGUCUAUAGAUAUUGAAGAAAAUCUAGAUGUUUUUACCAAACUUAUUUCGGAUAUUAAGUUGUGUGGUGAUAAGCAUAUAGAUGAUUAUUCCCCUAUUGCUUCUUUAAAAUGUUAUUCCUGAUUCCUUUGGUGAUGUGAAAUCUGCUAUUAAGUAUGGUAGAGAUAAUGUGACUCUUGACAUUGUGGUAAAUGGUCUUAAGAGUAAGGAAUUAGAUUUAAAACAGAUAGGUGAGGGUAGAAAAUCCGAGGAAGUUAUGCAUGUAAGGGGUAGAGAAAAUAAUAGUAGACGACAUAGAUCUAAGUCUAGGUCUAAUUCGAGGCGUUGCUAUUAUUGUCACGAAUCUGGUCAUUUCAUAAGAGACUGUCCUAAAUCUAGGAAAAAUGAGCAUAGUGAGCAUGCUAAUUUGACUACGUGUGUAGAUGAUUUAGGUGAUGUUUUUAUGAUGAAAAAUCUAUGUGAUUAUGACUAUUUGAGUUCUGUGAUAUCUGAGUCUUUGGGUAAAUCAGAUUGGGUGGUAGAUUCUAGUUGUACUUUUCAUAUGUCCCCUUUGAAAAAUGUUUUUUUCAAACUAUAGAGAGAUUGAGCAUGGCUUUGUGUCUUUAGCAAAUGAGAAGAAAUGCAAUGUGCUAGGAAUAUGAGAUGUGUGCCUUAGGUUCUCUUCUGGUUAUGUGCUUACUUUGAAGAAUGUUAGGCAUGUUCCUGAGCUGUAUUGUAAUUUGCUAUCGUGUGCUUCUCUUGAAAAUGAGGGUUUGAAGGGAAAAUGGGGAAAUGGAAUCAUGAAAGUUGUGAAGGGUUAUUUAGUUAUUUUCAAAGCUGAGAUGAAAAACAACUUGUAUGUUUGUCAUGCUAAACCCCUACUUGAUUCUGUGAAUUUUGUGCAACCCUGUGUGCUAGGAAAACAGUCUAAAGUUAGUUUUCCUGAUCUGCCUAAGUGUACUAAUGUGCUUGAUUGUAUUCAUGCUGACUUGUGGGGUCCUUAUGGUGUUUCCACUCAUGGUGGGAAAAAUUAUUUUCUGACGUUGAUUGAUGAUUUUUCAAAGAAAGUGUGGGUUUUGUUGAUUGAGAAUAAAUCUGAAGUUUUUGAUAAGUUUAAAAACUAGAAAACCCUUGUUGAAAAACAAACCGGUAAGAAAAUAAAUUUUUUAACUACCACUGUCAGUUUUGAUUUCUGUGAUGAUCAGCUUGGUGAUUUAUGUGAUACUUGGGGUAUUUCUAUGCAUAAAUUUGUUCCCUCCACACCCCAACCGGAUGGGGUUGCUGAGAGGAUGGUUAGAACUUCAUUAGAGAGGGUGAGGGCUAUGUUAGCUUCAUCUGGGCUCUCUAAUAAGUUCUGGGGGGGGGGGGGAAGCUAUUUGUUAUGCUGUUGGUGUGGUUAAUCUGUCCCCGUCUGUUCCCUUAGGAGGGAAAUGCCCUGAAUCUGUGUUCACGGGCAAACCACUUAACUUGCCAAAUUUAAAAGUGUUUGGUUGUGUUGCUUAUGUGAAUCGUGUGAAUGAUAAAUUUGAACCUAGGACUAAGGAAUAUGUUUUCUUAGGAUAUCAUGGAUGCAUGAAAGGUUAUAGGCUUUGGUGUAGGAGUGAAACUUGCUUCAAUGUGUUAAUGAGUAGAAAUGUCAUUUUUGUUGAAAAUGAAUUUCCUUGCCUGCUUGUUUCUCCUGAUGUUGCUCCAAAUGAGGUGGAGCAUUUGCCUGUUGAAGUUCAUUCCUAUUUACUUGUUGAAACCAAACCCAAAUUUGUGAAUGAAAAUAUUUUUCAUGGUGAAAAUAGAGAAAAUAAUAUUUCUAUUAAGUUGGAGCAUGAUAUGAAUGUUGUGUGCAAUAUGCUUGAGUUGCGUGAUUGCCAUGUUAUUAGAGAUAGAGACAUUAGGAAACAUGUGAGAAAUGAUAUGUGCAAAGUGUUUGACUAUAUUCCCUCUGAGUUUGCUUUAAAUGUGCUUAAUUCUCUUUUAAUUAAAUUCUUUGUGAUGUUUGGUAUGCUAUUUUCUUUGUGUUUUGAAAAUGUGGUACCAAAUGAUUAUGUGAGCUCUGCCUGUGCUAGUUGUAGAAAUAAUAUUAUUUCUUGUAUUUUCUUUGUACUUGUUAUGUGUGGUUGUUGGAUUAGUUGGGAUCUCCAACUUCUCCCGGAUGCUUGCUUGCGUGGGCUAUUAACAUACCUUGUGUUUGUUAAUAGCAUCGUGAUGGUUUCGGUUUUGAACUCGAGGACCUUAUGGUAGAGUUAAGUCCUUUAUGGACUCGGUAAGCUUGGUGAUUUUACCCCGAGAGUACUUGUGUCUCUCUAUUACUUGUAUUGUCUUUGUGAUUAUACUUGUAAUGAUCCGGCAAUGAUGAGUCCGCAGUUCCGUGAUUGUCUAAGUGCACUACCUUGGGCCAAAGGUGGAGAUUGUUAAUAUAUUGUUGACCCAAACGUUUUUUGUAUAUUAAUAAUGGUCAACACACUUUCUAGCAGUCCACUACACUGUACCCUUUUAUCUAUCUGGUCUAUCAGUAUUUUCCCCUCCCGUUAGAAAAUAAAUCAGCUCUUUGUUGAGCUAAUGGUGAGCUGUGUGUGCAGUGUAUUAUUUGAGUGUCCUUCUAAUAAGACCAAAAAUCCUAUGCUAUAAGGACAGUCCCUCCACCCAUGCUUGUGUGUGUGGAGCGUAUGACAGAUACUUCACCCAAAACCAGUCUUCUUCCUCCUUGAGUUUCCUUUGUGUGAGAACUUGACAGUGAGUAGAAGUGAGGUGUUGGCGAGGCUAGAAAGGUGUGUUGCUCCCUUAACCUAGGUGUGCACAAGAGACAACCGGAAAACCGACGUCCGGACUGCCUGAGCCGGAAUCCGGCGACGGAAUCGAUCCUCAACAAAUAAUAUAAUGUUCUGUAUAAAUAAUUAUUUUGAAAUGUAUACAAUACAUAUGGCAAUUCUAAAUGUUAUAACAGUACUUCUUUAUUUAUAUAUGCGUGAAAAUGAGCUAUUCUUUUGUUCUCAUAGAAUUGACAUUCAUAUAUAGUAUUAUAAAAUGUUUUUCGUUGUACGAUUAUACAAAUGUCAUUUUAUGGUUUAUACAUGAAGUUGUCAUUGUUAAAGUUUUGAGUUAUUAUUUUGGAUUUCAAUAUUUUUGUUUUAAUUAAUACAUGUUCUUUAUUUCGUCCGUGCAUCGCACGUGUGAGAAUACUAGUUAUUUCUAUGGGAGAAGCUAAUAUGAGGUGUGUGACUCCAAUGUAAACUGAGAGCAUGUGAUUACAAUACUCGGUAACAUUUAUUCUAUGUUGUAACAUGGUGAAAAGAGGAUCCAAUGUACUAUAAGAAAGUGUACACACCAAGUGGAGGAUAGAUCCAAUUUAGGGAAAACUAUCAAAUAAGCCCCCGUACUAUAUCAAAAAAGUCGAUUAGGCCCUCGGAGUUUACAAACACUCAAUUAAGUCCUCGAACUAUUAAAAAACGUUCAAUUGAGCCCUUUCGGUCGGUAAGUAACCGGUUUCCCGGUUAAAUGUAACCCGUUUCCCGGCAGCCGCCGUUGCUGGGGUUCGAGCACAUCAUCGCCGUCGUCGCCGUUUAACCGGGACUUUUCGGUAUAGUACGGGGACUUAUUUGAUAGUUUUCCCUCCAAUUUAUUACGAUUGGAUACACCAAGUGGAGAAUAGCAUCAAUGUGUUAGGAAAGGACACAGAAAAUAGUAUCCAAUAUGCUAUAUAUAAAAAAAAAAAAAAAAGAAAGAAAGAAAGGACACAUAUAAUGGAGAAUAGUAUCCAAUAUGCUAGGAAAAGACACACAUGGCGGAGAAGAGAAUCAAUGUGAUAUUAUGAAUAGACACAUCAAGUGGAGAAGAUAAUUCAAUGUUGUAUGGAUUGACACACAAUUGAGAAGAGAAUCCGAUGCUCCAAUGUGCUUGAACUCAAUUCAUUAUUUGUUAACCGAAAAACAUAAUUUUUUUUACAUCAAAAUAUGUAUUUUUUAUUUCUUAAUUAUUCAAGGAAAAAAUUAAAAGUAAAACAUUACUUAUAAUAAUUUAAUUAAUGUUUUACAAAAUUGGUACGUAAAAAAUAUGACGAAUAUAUUUUAUAAUAGACUCUCGAGUCUUAACCGCUACAAAUGUUCCGGGGGCCUUGGCUUGCUUGAGCUCCAAUUCGGAAAGGUAGUUUCAAGUAACCAGAACUUUAACUUGGUAAACGGGUACUGAGUUACUAGGAACCGGAUUAAACUGGAUAAUCCUGAUUCUAUUUUUAGCCAUUUUUAAAAUAAAUCAAACCAGUGCAGGUCUUAUAUUUCCCAAAGCCUAACCAGUGGUACUGAAUCAAUGCCAGUGCCUCUAAAACGGUUAGUAGGCUAGCUACUAGCAAGUAGCAACUGAAAAAUGUAUAAUGUCAAAAACAAUAGUUUAAAGCAUUGUUUAAAUAGGAGCACACUGGUAAGCAGAAAUAUAAGUUGUCAUAAAACUAGCUAAAGUAAUAAGUUCCAUCUGGCCUAUUACAUUUGUUAACUGAGCAUUCUCAGCCUUCUAAGCAGGGCGGCGUCGCUUCUUACUGGAUUCCAUCUUGAAGAAACUCAUUGCCCUGUUAUAAAGAACUAUGUUGGCUGUAGCAUGCUUCUUGAGGGCUUUGAUUUUACCCAGACUUGAAUUUCUCAAGAAAACAUCACAGAAAGCCUGAACUAAUGGCGCAAGGGCAAUGGCAUCCUCCUUGGCCUUUGUAACAUCCCCCAUCUCUGACUCAGUAAGAGCUUCUGCUUCAUAAGCGCCUCUAUGCAUAUGGUACUUCCAAGGAUCAUUCAAGAUCUUUUCUGCAACACUGGACAAGUUAGUGUAAUCAUAAGGAGUGUGUUUUUUGACCUCAUACAAGUAGCCAAAAGAUUUAAGUUCUUUGAUGAGAGCAUGCACUGAAGUGAUGACCGCUUGACCGCUCGGAGAGGCUUUAACACGGGUUCUGAAGGCAGAUGGUAUUCUCUGGUUACCAGGAUCAGCUCUUAGCACUUGCAUAGGCCUUUUCACACCAAUCCAGCGAAAAGCAUGAUAAAACAAGAUGUCUUCAGGAAGCAAAUAGCUUAAGAUAUUACCCAUUUUGGAAGAUAUAGCAAAUUGUUUAGCUUUGGCACCGAAAUCAGCAGCAGUACUAUCACAAUAAUGUGAUCCAAAUGACCGAAAGUAGAACUCAUUCAUAAAAGGAACAAAAGAGGAAAGUUGCCACGCCUGCUCGUCUAAACCUUUCAUCUCCUCCCUGUCCUUAACGAAUGUCGCUUUACAGUCAGGUGGAGCAACAACAUACUUAGUGUGGCUCUGGGAGUCAAACCAUCCGGCUUUGAACAUUGAGACCCUAAGAACAGCCCAUUUUAUAGCCUCAUUUUCAUCAUUCUUAUACUUAAUGUAUUGAGCCUUAGCUAAAGCAUAGAUAGCAGCAAUCAAAUCAUCAGCGUCUUCCAUGAAGAAUUCGAUACCUUUUCCAACAUUCUGAAUAGGACAUUCAGGAAUAUCCAUAUGAGCAGGCAAAAUCAUAUAGAAAUCCCGACUUACCUGGCCGAGGGCGUUCUCUUCCGCAUCAUAGAAUGGCUUGCUGUUGAUCUCACAAAUAAUAUCCCAAGCUUCGAGCAAGUCUUCGUCAGUAUAGGAAUCAGGGAUUGGGUUAUUGGAGUCUCGGACAUUGCCACUCUCAUGUAGCUUUUUAUCAUCAUCGUCAGGUUUCCUGCCCAAUUCAUGCAAAAACCAUCCUUGGUUCCUUUUCCUAGACGUCUGAGCAUCCUGUUGUUGACCACUCAUGUUAUUCUAAUUUGUACUGUGUAUAAGUUAUGGAGAUGAAGAUGAUUCACUGUUGGAGGUUCUAGGACAGUUUGUGAAGGAAUCAGUUCAAUGUAUAAACAUAUUUAUACAAGUGGAACUAAGAAGUAGUGUGCAGGAAAUGUGAGAACGGAUUGGAUGAAGAGAUUAUCAUUAUAAAUUACUUUUAGGCGGCGUAAUGAUUUCUUAUUCCAUAUUUCCAUGCCCUUUAUUGUUCCAAUGUAGAAAACAUAUACUCCGUAACAAAGUUAUUUAAUACCUUGGGUGUUUUUUUAUCUUCUCAAGAAACAGAACUAUGGAAUGGAAGGGAUAACAAGUGGCAGCUCAUAAGAAA